AUGAGAGUGCUGGAACGAGUGAUUCAUGUUUUGAGGCGCGCGUCGCCACUGCAGCGCGCUAGCAUCGCGAGCGCUUCGCGUGCGCUAGCGAUGAAAGCACCCGACACGGUUUCGGGAGACGCGCAAGCUCCCCGAAAAAGCAUACUGUAUAACGAACUGACCAAGCCGCUAGGCUUCUCCUAUUAUACAAUUAAACGACAAGUGGCUGGGAUGAACGAAAACGCGCUGCCAGCGAUUUUCGCCCGACACCCCCCUGGGGCAACUGCUUCAACGAGCACUCCUGCGAAGCGCGAUCCGCUCAUUGAUGGGCGAGGUGAAGGCUGCUUCGCAGUUAUAGCUCAUGGACCAAAGCAGUACAAGGUCACAGUUGGAGAUAUUGUGUAUUUGGCUCGCAUACGCGGUCAAGUUUCUGAGGAGGUUCGAUUCUCGACGGUGCUGGCCCUCGGGUCCGUCGAUUGGUCGGUGCUGGGGCGGCCACAGGUGCCCGGUGCCGAAGUCAUCGCUGUCAUCGAAGAGCAGUCGCUUUCCCAAAAGAUCUACAUCUAUCAAAAGAAACGCCGAAAGGGCCACGAACGCUUGCUUGGUCACCGUCAACCGUACACACGCGUCUGGAUCAAGGAUAUCCGAUGGGAAGUUCCUGACGACACCGAGCUGGAACCACUUGAGCUUGCGUUGAGCCCGUGA